AUGGCUUCCUCGGGUCGUGGCCGUCUAGCUGGCAAAAAUGCUGUCAUCACUGGCGCUGCCGGCGGCAUCGGUCUUGAGACCAGUAUCCUAUUUGCGAAAGAAGGCGCCAAUGUGCUCAUGACGGACAUCUCGCAGGAGGCCCUGGACAAGGCCCUGGCCAAGGUCAAGCAGCUCGUGCCCAACGCCGGCCGCCUCGAGACCAAGCGCUGCGACGUCUCCAAAGAAGCCGACGUCCAGGCCAGCGUCGAGCACCUCGACUCCUGGGGCGGGCUGGACGUCAUCUUCAACAACGCGGGCAUCAUGCACGCGCGCGACGACGACGCUCUCAACACGCCCGAGGAGAUCUGGGACCUGACCCACAACAUUAAUGUCAAGGGCGUUUGGUUCGGCUGCAAGCACGCCGUGCUGGCCCUGCGCCGCAACAAGAAGGCGCGCGGCAGCAUCAUCAACACGGCCUCGGUCGUCGCCCUCGUAGGGUCUGCCACCCCGCAGCUCGCCUACACGGCCAGCAAGGGCGCCGUUCUGGCCCUUACGCGCGAGCUCGCCAUCGUCCACGCCCGUGAAGGGUUCCGCUUCAACAGCCUGUGUCCGGCCCCGCUCAACACGCCGCUGCUGCAGGACUGGUUGGGCGACGACGCCGCCAAGCGCCACCGCCGCGAGGUGCACUUCCCGACGGGGCGGUUCGGCGAGGCCAUCGAGCAGGCGCAGGCCGUGGUAUUUUUGGCAAGCGACGAGAGCAGCUUCGUCAACGGGUCUGACUUCGUCGUCGACGGCGGUAUGAGCAAGGCAUAUGUCACGCCUGAAGGCCCGGCAGCGGCGGCGCCGGUCAACAAUGCGCUCAAGGAUAGCCUCGAGUGA